CCCGCAAAAUGACUGGACUGCCGACGACCAGCGCAGCGCAGACGAGGGAGGAGGAGAACAGGGAGCAGAAGACAGCGGAGAAGACGAAAGAGAAGAAGAGGAAAAGGACGAUGGUGUUGCCGACGGAUCCGAUGCUGUGGCACAAGGUGGCCGCCGUCUCCGGGGUCGCCGCUCUGGGGCUCGGCACCUACGGCGCGCACAUGUUCCGCCCCAAGAACCCCGCGUACAAAGAGGUUUGGCACACGGCGUCCCUGUACCAUCUUGUCCACACCGCGGCGCUGCUCGGAGCUCCGAUCACCAAGCGCCCCAACGUUUUUGGAGGGCUCCUCACUGCUGGAAUCGUGCUCUUCUCUGGAACGUGCUACACUGUGGCUUAUCUUGAAGACAGGAAGUUUUCUUCACCAGCGCCACUGGGUGGCUUUGCGUUCAUCGCCGCUUGGGCCAGUCUUCUCUUAUAAUUAAAAUGUGUUUUGGCCAAUGAAAACAAUUUCUCAAUUUCUGAAAGCCUUGUAUGUGGUGCUUUAUUAGGUUAUGCAAUUGUACUUGUAUGGUAUGCACCUUUGGUUAAAUAAUAUUACUUUGAGUUCAUA